CGCUAACCGCGCCAUCGAGAGGAAGUGGAUUACUGCUGCCCAGCUGCCAGAGUGAAGUGCAUUGAAAGCAUAGCGAAUCAGAUCGAAAUUCUAGACGUAUCACGCAUACGCCCGGUAGUACAACCGAAUACCCAAAUAGCCGAAUAUGUCGCCGAGAAGGAGCUUGCUGUGCUGCCUGCUGGUGAGCAGCAUCCUGGUGCUGCACCAGGCUCAGGCCAACAUCGAGACAAACGAUGUGAAUGACCCCAAUUACUACAUGCUGCAGGGUGUGCGUGUGUAUCCCAAUGACCGACAGUGCGUCAUGGUCGGAGGACUGUGCGUCGCGGAGUCGGACUGCAUCGAACCCACCUCGAACAAGGGAUUGUGUCCCACGAGUGCCGGAGAGGGCGUGGAGUGCUGCUACGAACUGCCGGUCAGACCAGCGCCCUGUGCGGAACACCUGGGACAGUGCAUGGACCGUUGCCACCAGAGGCUCCUGCGACCCGGUUUGGAUUGCAAGAAUGGCCAAGUCUGCUGCGUCCUGAUUUAGUUAUACUUAACCACACCACACACAUACCCGUGCAGAGGAACAGCAUAGCCAAAUCUUAACAAGUUGGGCAAGUCAGUGUGACAAUUCGAGACUUCUAGAAUUUUCGAAAAAUAUUAACAUUAAAUUGAUUUGAGCGCUGAGCGGAUUAAAACUAAUUUGGUUGUGUCUUUCCUCUGUACACACACACACACACACCGUACAUAAACAUGUAUUUAUUUAACUAUAUGUAUAUUAAUUAUAUUGUACGAAUAAUUUUGUAUGACAUCUUAAGAACCCCAAAUCUACCCACAAUGUGAAAUAUUUGACUGCUUCCAAUAAAUGCAUUGUA